CGGUGUCGUAUUUGGAGUCUUUGGACUCUCUUUAUCAGUCUCUACUUGUUGCUCCGUCUUCUUGAAGCACAACAAUGGCGUCCAAAACCCUAAUCCGUACCGGAGCUUCUCUGAUGAACCGGCUCCUAUCAAGACCAAUCCUCCACCCGAACCCGAACCCGAACCCGAAUUCGGCUCACCAGAUUGUUUCCCACGCCCUCGAAAUCACCCCAAAGUUGUUCCCAUCUCUCUCCAACUUCGACACCUCCCUCCGCUUCCCCCAAAACGACGCCGAAUCGAUCACAAGGGUCUUCAACGAUGGGUUCGUCCACCCUUGCGGCCUCCCUUAUCUCCCCCUCAUCUUACCUGAAGGUGAUGAAUCUUCAUCUAAUGAGCCAAUGAUAUUGUUUCCGAAGCGGACAUUCCAGCCUAGUACUAUCAAGCGUAAGAGGAACCAUGGAUUUUUUGCUCGGCAACUAAGGGUGGACGGAGAGUCAUUGCUCGAAGAAUAGCGAAGGGUCGAGCAAGAAUUACAGCUUAGCAUCUCUUUCACAGCCCUAGUCUUCAAUGAUCCAAUGAGAAAAUCUAGUUUAGAAGUUCAUGUUUACCUUGGGUGCCUGUAGUUGCUCAUAGCCUCGAUGUACCCAGGCUUUUUAAUGUUUUUUCCCGAGGUCUUACCUCUGUAUUUCAUAAUUGUUGUGAGUUUUGUAUGGCCUUUUUUUUGCUUGGAUUGAAGAGUCAAAAUGUCGUGCAGAGCUAUUUCAAAUUUUGUACCAUCAAUUAUCCAAUCUGCUCACAGUUCAAUAGCAAAGACAUAGGAUGCGAUCUGUAUACAGAACAAAAGGACGCAUUGUUGAUCUCAUCAUUUCUUCUAAUAAGGACCUUUCAGAUGCUCUUUCGAUAUC